GUUGCUUUUGGUGACUAUUGUUAAAAUUUUGCUUUCUACUUCUAUUUUAUGUAAUGAGCGAGGGACGAUAGCAUUUUUUAGGGCGACGCUUACUGGCGCCUUUCUCGCCCAACAAGACCAGGUACAGGCUCCACUGAUAUCUUACAGUGUUACUUCGUUGGUAAAGUUAUCCAAUAAGCGCAAUUUUAUUUAUCUCGGUUAGUUCGUUUGGAGUAAGGAUUGACAGCCCAGUUCAAAAACGUCGGUUUAUCAUUGAAUCGCAGAAACAUAGUAUUGAAAAAAAAACGUGAGAGUCUGUGCCUCACUGCAAAUUCAACAAGUUCGUUUGGGUUGGGUAAGAGGGAUGAGCAUGGUUCUGGGUAUGAUAAAUCAAAUGGGUCAUAAGCUUGACUUUGAGAACGAAAAUCACUAUUUUAUGUCUACACCCAGGGCCGGCCUUGGCCCACCGCAACGUAUGCGACCUCAGUGGGCCUCACACUACCACGAGCUCCGCGCUGAUUUCGGGAAUAGAUCAAUGAAUUUGCCCGACAUAAAUUAUAACGUUGUUCCAUUUGGAUGAUAUACAUACUGAUUAACUUCGCCACGCGCUCGGAGUUCAAGGUAAUUUACAUUAUCAAAUCUUACUUUUAAUCAUUAUUUUCAUCUCUUAUCACGGGCGCCACAAAAGGUAACGCCGCAAUCGUAUUAUGGGUAAUGAAUCAGAGUAGGCACCGCGCAAUUCAUUUCGGAUAGGACAUCGCAAUAACUAAGGUCACCCCUGUAUAAUGAGUAAUAUUAUUUUUAUAGAUUUUAUCACUAAGGUCUAAAACUCCUGAACACACUGACAUCAUGACAGUUUCUAUUUAUGGAUACCACAUCGAUUUGAUAUUUGUUGUUUUGAUGGUCAACAUAACUAUUCACCAAAUUUUUAUAUUCAUAAAGAAAGGCUUAUACAAAAGAAAGAUCCAAAGCUUGAGAGACAUUUUGAAGGCGUCGAAUCUACCAGUCAUUAUGAAUGUCACUCUCAUUCUUGCAGGAUUGUUUGGCAUAGCAGCGAUAAUGUGUGUUAUCGGAUAUGAUAUCGUUGAGAUAGAAAAGAUGCACUGUAACUACGUAUGUACAUUUAACAACACGGAAAUAAUAUCUGAAGAUGAGAUAUGUGAGAGAUGUAAUCAUAAACUCCCUCUAAUCUCUUUAAAUCUGAGUAAUAGCGUAUUCGCUUUAUACAUUUGCUUCACAACUUCUAUCUACAUGGUAUUGUGGUUUCGUCAAACAAUGUUCAGCACGGAGAAAACUUUGAAGAAAUUAUCGCCCAAAUGUUUAAAAAAAUUUGGUUAUUUUCAGGGAUUGUUUAUAAUAAUAUCUGCUAUUGUCGUCGGAAUAAUUUGGAUUUUAUUAAACUUGCUAUAUUUCGACUACAUUCUGAAAUUGUUCUUGGGGAUUCAACUUGAAAUACAGAUUGGGUUGCUGACUCUUUUUCUGAUUCCUUUAAUUAAGCACCAACGUAGCUUGAAGUAUUUGCAUCAGAAUCAAAGACCUUCUGAUCGUCUUGUAAGAUUGAUGAAGCGAUCUAUCGUAGCAGCCAUUGUUGCUGCGAUUACAGAUAUAGCAACACUCGGUAUUUUGAUCCGUUUGGAUUUCCAUUUUUUGUGUGUAAAUAUUUUGAUCAAUAUGUGUUGUGUUUUAUUCUGUUUCACCGAUUGGAAAACAAAAUUUUUUCCUUGUAUUGUGUUAUGUAUAAGGGAUAGCGAGGCAGCUGAACCAGUUCCUCCAAAUGAUAACAUACAUGAAGAAACAGUUUAAAUCAUAAUAUAAUCCCUGUUUUUGUUUUGUUUUCAUUGAUGAACAUUUAUCUGGAACAUUUUCUAUUAAAUUUAUUUAAAGUCACUUUUUUAAGCUCUACUUGCUGUAAUUAUUGAACUAUUUUAAGAUCAAAUAAAA